UCUGUUUCUGGUUCAGUUUCAGUUUUAGUUUCUGUUUCUGGUUCUUUUUCUCUUUAUGUUUCUGUUUCUGUUUCUGUUUCUUGCUCUGUUUCUGCUUCAGGAUUUGUUUCUGUUUCUGGUUUUGUUUCUAUUUCUGUUUCUCUUUCUGUUUCUUGCUCUGUUUCUCUACAGGCUCUGUUUAUGUUCUUAUUCUGUGUAUGUUCUGAUUCUGUUUCUGAUUCUGUUUCUGUUUCUGAUUAUGAUUCUAAAUUUGUUUUUGUUUCUUAUUCAGAUUCUGUUUCUUGUUAUGUUUAUGUUUCUUGUUCUGUUUUUGUUUCUUGUUCUGUUUCUGUUUCUGUUUAUGUUUAUGUUUAUGCUUCUGUUUCUCUUUCUGUUUCUGUAAAGUUUACUGUUUCUGGCUCCUUUUCUGGUUAUAUGUCGGUUUCUGUUUCUGUUUCUGUUUCUGUUUCUGUUUCUGUUUCUGUUUCUGUUUCUAGUUCUGUUUUUCUGUCUGUUUCAGGUUCUGAUUCUGUUUCUGUUUAUGUUUAUGUUUAUGCUUCUGUUUCUGUUUUUUUUUCAGGUACUGUUUCUGUUUCUGUUUCUCUUUCUUUUCAGUUUCAGUUUCAGUUUUAG